AACGCUUCUGCCUGCAUUUUACUUCAGAUGGGCUCUGAAUUGUAAUGCACUGGUUCCUUUUUACAUAACUGUUACUCCACAAUCUCACAUUUUGCACAGUAUUGUAAAAUAAACCAGGAAAAAUAAAUACCACACUGCAUCCCAUAUGUUCACUAAUAAAAAAAAUAAUUUGUCAUUACUGUAUAAAUUACAAAAUACAAGAGAGGAAUGGCAUGAUAGCUCUGGGAAGAAUCUGGAUGGUUCCAUAGGGUUUUCCUUGACAUAAAGCGACUGGUCGAAAUGGACCAAAUUACUGCAUAGACAACAAUGCACAAGCCCUUUCUCAUGGAAAACCACAGUCUGGAGAGAUGGAGUGAGAUUGUACAUGCAGUUUUUAUGAGCACAUCCUGCAGAUCUGCACAAAGAAGACGACAAUAAUACAACAGACGUGUGGUAAACAGUUGGCAGUAUCUCUGCUGAGAAAAAUGGGAGACUGUGAGUGAGAAAGAGAGAUAGAGGAAGAAAAAUCGAGCUGCUGCAGUAUCCCUCACUGCUGAGGCUCGGACUGCGUGACUGACUGGUGUGUUGAAAGAGAGAGAGAGAAGGGAGGGGGGGAUGGGAAGGAUCUUGCUUGGAUGAGGAGCAAGCAGGCAGGCAGGCAGCAGCAUCAUCUCUUUUGUGGCACGCUGCUGAGGGAACUUGCUGCCUAGAGCCGUGCAGGGCGCUCACUCCUCACAGGCGCGCACAGCGCCACCGCCUCUCCCGCACUGGCCGCCGCAGGGACAGCGACAGCCUCCGUUAUAGGCGCAGCACUGCUUGUUUCAGCGGCACCAUGGCGCAAGCCGCUAAGCAGAUCCGCAAGAACAAGGACCUACAGGAGCUCGCAGCUCAAGAGCUGCGAGAGAAGGAGGAGGAGAAGAUCAAGAAGAGGAACCGAUCGAAAGACCGUAGACGCAAGGCAGAUACAUCAACCAGUUUCCUCCGUGCUGCCCGCUCAGGUAAUCUGGAAAAGGCUCUGGACCAUAUCAAAAAUGGAAUAAACAUCAACAUAGCCAAUCAGAAUGGGCUUAACGGGUUGCACUUGGCUUCCAAAGAAGGCCAUGUUAAGAUGGUUCUGGAGCUGCUGCACAAUGGAAUUGACUUGGAGACUACUACUAAGAAAGGUAAUACCGCCCUUCAUAUUGCUGCUCUGGCCGGUCAAGAGAAAGUGGUUGCUGAACUGAUCAAUUAUGGUGCCAACGUCAAUGCCCAGUCUCAGAAAGGUUUCAGUCCCCUGUACAUGGCAGCACAGGAGAACCACUUGGAAGUGGUGAAAUAUCUACUUGAACAUGGAGCAAAUCAGAGCCUUCCAACUGAGGAUGGCUUUACUCCGUUGGCGGUAGCUCUUCAGCAGGGUCAUGAGAACGUGGUGGCUCUCCUGAUAAACUAUGGCACCAAAGGCAAAGUGCGGCUGCCGGCCCUGCACAUCGCGGCCCGCAAUGACGACACGCGCACUGCUGCCGUACUGCUGCAGAACGACCCAAACCCAGACGUCCUCAGCAAAACUGGCUUUACUCCUCUCCACAUCGCAGCCCAUUAUGAGAAUCUCAGCGUUGCACAGCUUUUGUUAAACAGAGGAGCCAAUGUGAACUUCACACCGAAGAAUGGCAUUACUCCAUUACAUAUCGCUUCCAGAAGGGGCAAUGUGAUUAUGGUGCGGCUUCUGUUGGACAGAGGAGCUCAGAUAGAUGCCAAGACAAAGGAUGAGCUGACGCCGCUGCAUUGUGCAGCCAGGAAUGGUCAUGUACGUGUGGUGGAGAUCCUGCUAGACCAGGGCGCUCCCAUUCAGGCCAAGACCAAGAACGGCUUGUCUCCCAUCCACAUGGCAGCGCAGGGUGAUCACAUGGACUGCGUGAGGCAGCUGCUGCAAUACAAUGCAGAGAUUGAUGACAUCACCCUGGACCACCUGACCCCGCUGCAUGUUGCAGCCCACUGUGGGCACCAUCGCAUGGCAAAGGUGCUGUUGGACAAGGGGGCAAAAGCUAAUGCCCGUGCUUUGAAUGGAUUCACUCCAUUGCACAUUGCCUGCAAGAAGAACCACAUGCGGUCCAUGGACCUUCUGCUGAAGCACUCCGCUUCUCUGGAGGCUGUGACUGAGUCGGGUCUGACCCCUCUUCAUGUGGCUGCUUUCAUGGGGCAUCUCAAUAUAGUGAAGAGUCUGCUUCAGAGAGGAGCUUCACCCAAUGCAUCUAAUGUGAAAGUGGAGACCCCUUUACAUAUGGCCGCCAGAGCGGGACACUGUGAGGUGGCUCAGUUCCUGCUACAAAACAAUGCGCAGGUGGAUGCCAAAGCGAAGGAUGAUCAAACCCCUUUGCAUUGUGCGGCUCGAAUGGGACAUAAGGAGUUGGUGAAGCUGCUCUUGGAACAUAAGGCCAAUCCAGAUUCAGCCACCACGUCAGGUCACACUCCUUUGCACAUUGCCGCCCGCGAGGGACACGCCCAAACCACACGCAUCCUGCUCGACGGGAAUGCCCAACAAACCAAAAUGACCAAGAAAGGAUUUACUCCUCUACAUGUAGCAUGUAAAUACGGGAAAGUUGAUGUGGCGGAGCUGCUUUUGGAAAGAGGGGCCAAUCCCAAUGCAGCCGGAAAGAAUGGCUUGACCCCUUUGCACGUGGCCGUCCAUCACAACAACCUUGAUGUAGUCAAGCUGCUGGUCAGCAAGGGCGGCUCUCCGCACAGCACGGCAAGAAAUGGCUACACAGCCUUGCACAUCGCAGCCAAGCAGAACCAACUAGAGGUGGCAAGCAGUCUGCUGCAGUAUGGCGCUAAUGCCAACUCAGAAUCACUACAGGGCAUCACUCCGCUUCACCUGGCAUCACAGGAGGGGCAACCUGAUAUGGUGGCACUACUCAUCUCCAAACAGGCCAAUGUUAACCUGGGCAACAAGAAUGGGCUGACACCUCUGCACCUGGUUGCUCAGGAAGGGCAUGUGGGCAUUGCAGACAUGCUGGUGAAGCAGGGUUCUUCAGUCUAUGCAGCCUCAAGGAUGGGCUACACACCCUUACAUGUGGCAUGUCAUUAUGGCAACAUAAAGAUGGUGAAGUUCUUACUCCAGCAGCAAGCACAUGUUAACAGCAAGACAAGAUUGGGAUACACUCCUUUACAUCAAGCAGCCCAGCAAGGUCAUACAGACAUUGUCACCCUGCUGCUAAAACAUGGAGCCCUGCCCAAUGAAAUCACCACUAAUGGGACAUCACCUCUAGGUAUCGCUAAGCGGCUAGGCUACAUCUCUGUCAUUGAUGUGCUGAAACUGGUGACUGAGGAAUCUGUAUCUAUGAUCACCACCGAGAAGCAUCGCAUGAGUUUCCCGGAGACGGUGGAUGAAAUACUGGACGUGUCGGAAGAUGAAGGAGUUGCUCAGCUUACAUUAGGUGAUGAACUUCUCGGGAUGGAUGGGGCUCGCUAUUUGAAGCUGGAUGACCUGAAAGACCAGGAUGAUGAUUUUCUGUCCCCCAAGAAAACCCUGAGAGACUUUGAGAGCGGGAUGGGCAUGACACCUUACUCACCCGCAAUUCCCAGAAUUCCAUGUGUGUCACCUGAAACUGUCAUGUUGGACCAGCACACACCUGUCCCUUUGCCAAAGGAGUAUGACGAGGACUCUCUAAUCCCCAGUAGUCCAGCCACAGAGACCUCAGACAACGUUAGCCCAGUGGCCAGCCCCAUCCACACUGGGUUUCUGGUUAGCUUCAUGGUGGAUGCGAGAGGCGGGUCCAUGCGUGGCAGCAGGCAUAACGGUCUGCGUGUGAUCAUCCCGCCGCGCACCUGCGCCGCCCCCACACGCAUCACCUGCCGUCUGGUCAAACCGCAGAAACUCAGCACCCCACCUCCACUCGUGGAGGGAGAGGGACUCGCCUCUCGUAUUAUCUCUCUAGGGCCUUCCAGUAUGCAGUUUCUGGGGCCAGUCAUAGUGGAGAUCCCUCAUUUUGCAUCCUUGAGCCGAGGUGAUCGAGAACUAGUGGUUCUCCGAAGCGAGAAUGGCUCUGUAUGGAAAGAGCAUCGGAACCGCUAUGGCGAUGAUGUUCUUGAGACCAUCCUUAAUGGAAUGGAUGAAGAUCUGGAAAGUCAGGAGGAGCUGGAGAAGAAAAGAAUCCGCCGCAUCAUCUCCACAGACUUCCCUCUCUACUUCGCUGUGGUGUCACGUAUCCAGCAGGAGAGCGAUCUUAUAGGUCCAGAGGGAGGUCAGCUGGCAAGUAAGCUGGUGCCCCAGGUUCAGGCCAUUUUCCCUGACACUGCGGUCACUAAGAGGGUCCGACUUGGCCUACAGGCCCAGCCAAUCCCUGAUGAGCUGCUGACUCGGCAAUUAGGAAACCAGGCCACAUUCAGUCCCGUUGUGACAGUAGAGCCUCGUCGACGCAAAUUCCACCGACCAAUCGGGCUGCGUAUCCCUUUGCCUCCAUCCUGGAGGGAGAGUCCACGUAAUGCUGGAGAAGGAGACACUAAUAGCCUCCGCCUCCUCUGUAGUGUUAUUGGUGGCACUGCUCCUGCUCAGUGGGAAGACAUCACUGGCACUACCAAACUCAUGUAUUCCCACAACUGUGCCAACUUCACCACCAAUGUAUCCGCAAGGUUCUGGCUGGCAGACUGUCCACGAACGGCGGAGGCCGUGACCUUCGCCAACCUGCUGUACCGUGAGCUGAUGUCAGUUCCGUACAUGGCCAAAUUUGUGGUAUUUGCUAAGAUGAACGAUGCCAGAGAGGGCCGUCUGCGCUGUUACUGCAUGACCGAUGACAAAAUAGACAAAACCCUUGAGCUGCAUGAGAACUUCUCCGAAGUGGCCCGCAGCAGAGACAUAGAGGUGAUGGAGGGGAUGCCACUGCACUUAGAAUGUUCCGGAAACCUGGUGCCUGUGAGGAAAGCCACCCAGCAGCCACGUAGCUUCAGUUUCCAAGCCUUCAGAGACAACCGGCUACCUGUCUCUGUAAAGGUGAGAGACGCCAAUAAGGAAGCCACCGGGUUCCUGUCCUUCCUGCGCAAGUCUACUAAGUACGAGGACACGCAGCAUGUGCUGUGCAACCUCAACAUCACCAUGCCUCCCUGCACCAAGGUGGUGGGUAGCGAUGAGCGGCGGAGAACGUUGACCCCUCUCGCCCUGAGGGAGAGGUACAUCGCCCUGAACGAGUCUGGCCUGGCCGCUGUGAAUGCCAUAGAGAGAACCGAGCUAAAGAUCACAGUAAUAGCAGAACAGCUGGGACUGAGCUGGACCGAGCUGGCGAGGGAGCUGCAGUUCAGUGUGGAUGACAUUAACCGGAUCAGAGUGGAGAAUCCCAACUCUCUCCUGGACCAGAGUUCAGCUCUGCUCAACCUGUGGGUCAGCCGAGAGGGCAAGAAGGCCAAGAUGGAGAACCUUUAUGGAGCUUUGAAGAACAUUGACCGGGCAGAUAUUGUGAAGUCUCUGGAGGCUCAGGCUCCGCAGGUGCUUCCCGAGGCGGUGGAGGAAGGAGCCUGCAGACUGGCUGAUUGUGACUCCACUCUGCUUUCCCCUAGUGUCGUCAACGGUUACGGGCUGGUGCAGGAGGAGCUGCUCUCUCCCGCUUCUAUGCAGUACAGCCUGCCCUCUCCGCUGGGCGUCGAGCCCUAUUGGCAGGAGGUGUCGAGUCUGGAGUGCGCACCCAUCGCCACCACUGAGGAGGACACUAUGAUGGAGAUGUCAGACGUGCAGGUGUGGCCGGCGGGGGUCAGUCCGUCCCUGGUGACCGUGGAAGACUCGUCUCUGGAUGGCAGUAGCCGUGCGGAUGACUCGGAGGCUAACACGUUAAGCCUGCCAUGCAGCAGUUUGGGGAGGCCCAGCAGCGGAGCCAGCGGGGCAAGUGGCUCCAUCAUGGAGCUGGAGGAAGAGGAGGAGGAAGAGGAGAUUGAGGAAGAUGACAUACAGCACGAGCCAGUGUCGGCAAGUAUAGAAAAGGCAUGGGCCAGUGGCGCCGUCCCAAAGGCCAACUAUAACGGGCAGGCUGGAGGUCAGAGGUCGGAGGGCAAGAGGACAGAGGUAGCAGCGGCGGCCGGCAGCAGUUUGACUGGUGUAGCUAGAGGAGGAGGAAAGGGUGGAAAAGGGGCAAGUUCAGAGGAAAAGUUUUCUGUUCUUACAGGGCAACAGCUCUACGCUCAGUUGUGCGAGAGAACCGGACUGACCCGAGCCCUUGAACACAACGGGGACAGGCUCAGCGGUGGUGCCUUCCCGCCUUACUCGCAGGAGAAAGACUCCCUCCACAGCUGGUCCCAACCCAAAGCAAGGCAGACUAUGGAGGCCACGAUGUCAUCGUCCCCGGACCACAAUCAGUCUCGUGUAGCGGAAGAGGCCCUACUUACACCGGUAUGUGAUACAGGCCAUUCGGAGGUCCUGCGGGGGCGUCUGCUGGGCACUCAGCCCUUUGAUAAAGGGCUGGGCUUCUCCCAUCAGGAGGGGGAAUUACGGGCAUGGGACCAGGACAGACGGAAGGCACAGAAAGAUGAUCCAGUAGAUCUGUCCAGCGAUCAUCUACAUGAAGAGCAGUUUACUGAUGAGCAUGGGAAUGUUGUGAGCAAGUUGGGCAUGGAUGUGAAAAGGGAUGUCCAGACCGUGAAGCACUCCAGUCUACGGAGAGUAAAGCACUGAAACAAACAAACUGUCCUGAAGGGUCGAACAUCCACUGCCAAAUCAUCUUUCACCUAAGCACGACUGGGAGAUAGGACGAGACAUGGA